AUGGCUAAGAAAAGUGAUGAUGACUGUGGGGACAGGAGUGAUGAAGUGGGCUGUGUUCACUCUUGCUUUGAUGACCAGUUCAGAUGUUCCAGUGGCCGGUGUAUCCCAGGGCACUGGGCCUGUGAUGGGGACAAUGACUGUGGAGACUUCAGCGAUGAAACACACGUCAAUUGUACCAAAUUGGAAGUUCAUUCUCCUGCUGGCUGUACUGGGAAUGAGUUUCAGUGCCAUCCUGAUGGAAACUGCAUCCCUGAUCUGUGGCGCUGCGAUGGAGAAAAAGACUGUGAAGAUGGCAGUGAUGAAAAAGGCUGCAAUGGCACCAUUCGGCUGUGUGACCACAAAACGAAGUUUUCCUGCAGGAGUACAGGGAGAUGCAUCAACAAUGCCUGGGUAUGUGAUGGAGAUGUUGACUGUGAGGAUCAGUCUGAUGAAGAAGACUGUGACAGUUUCUUGUGUGCACCACCCAAGUACCCUUGUGCUAAUGACACAUCCGUGUGCCUGCAGCCAGAGAAACUCUGCAAUGGGAGGAGGGACUGUCCGGAUGGGUCAGAUGAAGGCAUCCUUUGUGAUGAAUGUUCACUGAACAAUGGAGGCUGUAGUAACCACUGUUCUGUUGUUCCUGGAAGAGGAAUUGUCUGUUCCUGCCCAGAAGGCCAUCAGCUCAAAAAAGAUAAUAGAACCUGUGAAAUCAUGGACUAUUGUGCCUCCCAUCAAAGGUGCAGUCAAGUGUGUGAACAGCACAAGCAUAUGGUCAAGUGCUCCUGUUAUGAAGGCUGGACAUUGGGUAUGGAUGGGGAAACCUGCACCAGUGUGGGUCCUUUUGAGGCAUUCAUCAUCUUUUCUAUACGCCAUGAGAUUCGGAGGAUUGAUCUGCAUAAAGGAGACUAUAGCCUACUUGUUCCUGGACUGAGAAACACUAUAGCACUUGAUUUUCAUUUCAAUCAAAGUUUACUUUAUUGGACAGAUGUUGUAGAAGACAGAAUAUACAGGGGCAAGCUUUCAGAGAAUGGAGGUGUCAGUGCCAUAGAAGUGGUUGUAGAACAUGGCUUGGCUACUCCAGAAGGCCUGACAGUCGACUGGAUAGCAGGCAACAUAUACUGGAUAGACAGCAAUCUGGACCAAAUUGAAGUAUCUAAACUCGAUGGUUCUCUGAGAGCUACAUUGAUAGCAGGAGACAUGGAACAUCCCAGAGCCAUUGCACUAGACCCAAGAUAUGGAAUUCUUUUCUGGACAGAUUGGGAUGCCAAUUUCCCUCGCAUUGAAUCUGCCUCUAUGAGUGGUGCUGAGAGAAAAACUAUCUACAAAGACAUGAAAACUGGGGCAUGGCCUAAUGGAUUGACUGUGGACCACUUUGAAAAAAGGAUAGUUUGGACAGAUGCCAGGUCAGAUGCUAUUUACUCAGCCUUCUAUGAUGGCACAAACAUGAUAGAAAUUAUCAGAGGACAUGAGUACCUGUCACAUCCCUUUGCUGUGUCUUUGUAUGGGAGUGAGGUGUACUGGACAGACUGGAGGACCAACACAUUGGCCAAAGCCAACAAGUGGACAGGGCAGAAUGUCAGUGUGAUUCAGAAGACCAGUGCACAGCCAUUUGACCUUCAGAUAUACCAUCCUAGUCGACAGCCACAAGCUUCCAAUCCUUGUGCAGCCAAUGAGGGUAGAGGCCCCUGCUCUCAUCUGUGUCUCAUCAAUCAUAAUAGGAGUGCAGCCUGUGCCUGCCCCCACCUGAUGAAGCUUUCCUCUGACAAGAAAACCUGCUAUGAAAUGAAAAAGUUUCUUCUUUAUGCAAGACGUUCUGAGAUCCGAGGCGUGGACAUUGACAAUCCAUAUGUGAACUUCAUCACGGCCUUCACUGUCCCGGAUAUUGAUGAUGUUGCUGUAAUAGAUUUUGAUGCCUCCGAGGAACGUUUGUACUGGACAGACAUCAAAACACAAACCAUAACACGGGCUUUCAUCAAUGGAACAGGGCUAGAGACAGUUAUUUCAAGAGAUACUCAGAGCAUCAGAGGGUUAGCAGUGGACUGGGUUUCACGUAAUUUAUACUGGAUUAGCUCAGAAUUUGAUGAAACACAAAUUAACGUGGCCAGGCUAGACGGCUCUUUGAAAACCUCAAUUAUCCACGGAAUCGAUAAGCCACAGUGCCUGGCAGCUCACCCAGUCAGGGGGAAACUAUACUGGACAGAUGGAAAUACAAUAAACAUGGCAAAUAUGGAUGGGAGUAAUAGCAAGAUUCUCUUUCAGAACCAAAAGGAACCAGUUGGUCUCUCAAUAGACUAUGUGGAGAAUAAGCUUUAUUGGAUCAGUUCUGGAAAUAGAACCAUAAACCGAUGCAACCUGGAUGGUGGUAAUUUAGAAGUAAUAGAGUCAAUGAAGGAAGAAUUAAAAAAAGCUACAGCCUUAACCAUCAUGGACAAGAAACUCUGGUGGGCAGACCAAAACUUAGCUCAACUGGGAACUUGUAACAAAAGAGAUGGAAGAAAUCCCACCAUCCUGCGAAAUAAGACUUCUGGGGUUGUUCACAUGAAAGUGUAUGACAAAGAAGCACAACAAGGCAGCAAUUCUUGCCACCUAAAUAAUGGCGGGUGCUCUCAACUCUGUUUACCAACAUCUGAAACUACCAGGACUUGCAUGUGUACUGUUGGAUAUUAUCUCCGGAAGAACCGCAUGUCAUGCCAAGGAAUAGAAUCUUUUCUGAUGUACUCUGUUCAUGAAGGAAUCCGGGGGAUACCUCUUGAACCAAGUGACAAAACAGAUGCUCUGAUGCCUAUAUCAGGAACUGCAUUUGCCGUUGGGAUAGACUUUCAUGCAGAAAAUGACACCAUCUAUUGGACAGACAUGGGACUUAAUAAAAUCAGCAGAGCUAAAAGAGAUCAGACUUGGAAAGAAGACAUUGUUACCAAUGGCUUGGGAAGAGUGGAAGGAAUAGCUAUUGACUGGAUUGCAGGCAACAUAUAUUGGACGGAUCAUGGUUUCAAUUUAAUUGAAGUUGCAAGACUCAAUGGCUCUUUCCGUUAUGUAAUUAUUUCCCAAGGACUGGAUCAACCAAGAUCUAUAGCGGUGCACCCAGAGAAAGGCUUCUUGUUCUGGACUGAAUGGGGACAGAUGCCCUGCAUCGGAAAGGCUCACCUAGAUGGUUCUGAGAAGGUCAUGAUUGUAAGCAUGGGAAUAACAUGGCCCAAUGGCAUCUCCAUUGACUAUGAGGAAAAUAAAUUAUACUGGUGUGAUGCACGCACAGACAAGAUAGAGAGAAUUGACCUUGACACUGGUGGGAAUCGUGAGGUCGUGCUGUCUGGGAGCAGUGUGGAUUUGUUUUCAGUUGCGGUCUUUGGGGCUUACAUCUACUGGUCUGACAGAGCACACGCCAAUGGGUCAGUCAGAAGGGGCCACAAGAAUGAUGCCACAGAAACAGUAACCAUGAGGACUGGACUUGGAGUCAACCUAAAGGAGAUCAAAAUUUUUAACCGAGUAAGAGAGAAAGGAACCAAUGUCUGUGCCAAAGACAAUGGUGGCUGUAAGCAACUCUGUCUCUAUCGUGGGGAUUCCAGGAGAACCUGUGCCUGUGCCCAUGGCUAUUUGGCCAGGGAUGGAGUUACUUGUCUAAGGCAUGAGGGCUACUUGCUAUAUUCAGGAAGAACAAUAUUAAAAAGCAUACAUCUUUCUGAUGAAAACAACUUAAAUUCCCCAGUAAGACCCUACGAGAACCCACAUUAUUUCAAGAAUAUCAUAGCCCUGGCCUUUGACUACAAUCAAAGAACAGACGGUACCAAUAGGAUCUUUUACAGUGAUGCACAUUUUGGAAAUAUACAGCUAAUCAAAGAUAACUGGGAAGAUAGACAAGUAAUUGUUGAAAGUAAGUACAAAUUUUUCAAAUGUUUGUGUGUCACUUAA